AAUGCCUCCAAAAAGGUGUCGCAACUUCCGUAAAAGGACUGCUUCAUCUGAGAGCGAGGAGGAGAGUCCGAAAUCAGGCGAUGUCGAAGAUGGUUCUGCAGUUACAAACGAGGCUAUCAAUUUAGCUAAACAGCUCAAAGAGCUGCGGAAGAGACCUCGAGGGAUCGUCGCAGAUGUCAGUAAAGACACCUCCAGUACAGUGGGGGGAAAGGCGGAGUCAAACUCCAAUGAUAGUCAGACAAAAGGGGGUUUGAUUGAUCUAAAAACAAACUUUUUAGCCGAAAGUCAAAAGGGGGACAUGGACCGAGAAAUGUUGAAGUUCAUUGAAACAGAGCUGAAAAAACAUCGAGGCGAGAAUGUGGAUACAUCUCCUACUAAAAAUAACCCUGAGAAAAAUUUGUUCGAAUUACCCGAUCAUCUGAAUGUGCAUUCGGCUGUGAAGGGUGACGACAUGAUGUCGCAGCAGAUGUUGGAGGGGAUCCCGGAAGUGGAUCUGGGCAUCACGAAUAAGAUCCGAAACAUCGAAGCCACUGAAAAGGUCAAACAGAAAUUGCGAGAAGAAGCGCGUCUGAAUAAAGGUGUUAAUUUGCAAGAUGAAACGUAUAAUGUGAAAGGUUUUGUGCCUAAUAAUGUGACUGUAAAUUUUGUACAGCAUAAUCGUUGGGACGGUGAGGGUGUCUUCAAGUCUUUGGUUCCUCAUGCACCUACUAAUUUGAAGAAAAGCGACAAUUUAGCCAAGCCAUCGGUGAGCAAAUGAAUCAACCAUCCUUAUGAUCCAACCUCGAAUACCUUGAAAGAAAAAUGGCUGACAUGAAGAAAGCGUUUGUGGAAUUGUCGAGUUAGCUGAGCUGAAAGGUAGUCAAUGAAACGACUGUUCCAGGCGAGAGAUUGAGCAAACUUUUCGAACGAAGUUGUAUGAUAACUUUUAGCUCCGUUUUUUGCCGUUUAUUGCUUCAUUGCACAGAUGCUUACGCAGUUUGUAUAUUUAACUAAAUUAAAAUCCUAUUUGCCGCUUU